AUGAAAAGCAGAGACUUUCAGUCCUGUCUUCGAGCUCUUCAGACUUCUAUCACUGCGGCUGCAGAUUCCGUGGGUUGCACAGGCUGUGUCAGUUCCGCUACCUCUCAGCUGCCAGCGCGCGGGUCGCAGUACACUGGCGUUGGGCUGAUGAUCGACCAGGUGGAGAGCCUCCUGACGAGCCGAAUGGAGAUGCGAACGAAGCUGAGGAAGGAGCUGGAGGAUCAGUCCAGGCAGCAGCUCCGCAACUGUGUGGAAAAGUUUGUGCAGAGAGAAGGGGUGGAGCGAGACAAUGAGGAGCUGCCAGAGAGUCAUCAGGCUGCCUCCAUCGUCGGACUAUUGCGGAUGCGGCAGCAUCGACACGUGUCAGAUGCCAUGCGCCGGCAAUUCCAAGACUACCUGCUUGUGCUACGCCUUUGUUCCUUGGGAGCCCUGUGGCUCUCGCCCUCAGGCUCUAGUCAAGAUGGUGUAGAGGACCUGCCACCUCUACCAGCUGAGUUGGCGGCACAUGCCGAAACCGAAGGCUCCAGCCCACCCCGCAGCGGAAGUGGGCCUCAGGCAGAUGUUGAUGAUGCAGCUUUCGAGGGGAGCUUCUUGUACAGAACUUUGUGCCAGAAUCUCCUUGAGCGAGCGCUCAAGUUGCUCAGUGAGAUGCAGCGAGACGAGCUGCUGGCUCUGAAGCGGGCGUAUGCGGCAGAGCAGCGCCUGGCACUGCAGCACCUCUGCCAGUUGGAGACAGAGAUGGUGGAGAAGGCCGUGCAGCAGGACUUGCAGGAAUACGAGGUUCAACUGGCUUCCCGCCUGCUUUCUGACUCUGAGCGUCAGAUCUCAGAAGAGCACCAACGACAAGCCAGCCGAGUCAACCAAGAUGUCGCUGUGGAGCUUGCGAAGUACAAGCUGCAGGUUGCUGAAGAGGAUCAGGCGAUGGUGCAGGAUCGCCAGAAGUGGGUGAUGAACAGGAUCGUGUGUCUCCAAGCCAAUGGAACUGUCAAUCCCAAUGACAGGGCUCUUCUGUUGCGACUACGUGCAGAGCUGCAUGCCUGUGACACCAAGAUUGAUGAGUUCAAUGCCAACGCCACGGUGCAAGCAGAUCUGGAACGCGAAGCAGCGCGACCGCGGCCACCAUCCACUGGGCAAAGACGCCGUUCCUCCGAUGAGCUCACGGCCGCAGAGGUUUCAGACCGUCAGACCGUGGCCACGCAAGGCCUUCCGGAUGAACCUCUGCCGCUCGGCUUCGCCGCUUUGGGUGGGCUGCGCUCAAACCGAGCAGCGAUGACGUAUGGCCAGCGCUGUGAGUCUCCGGACUUUGGUGUCAAAGAUCCGACGGAAUGGUCCUUCACCGCACGCCACGGCAUGCACGGCAACCUGGGAAGACUGAAGCCGAAGGGCAACUACGGUGCGCAGGAUCCGUUGCCCAAGCAGCAGGCCGUGGAGAUAGGGCCGGCAGGAUCGCCACCGAGACCUCCCAUGAAAAUGUCUCCUGCAACGCGCACCCGCUGCGCCCGCCUUCCUCCGGUGCCUCUGACCGCACGCUGA